UGGGCUCUGGGGCCGGGCCGGCGCCAGGCACAGACACUUGGGCCCUUGUUGGGAGAACAGAGAGAGGCUCACUUGUCUCCUGCCUGUCCUCCAGCUCCAACUGCUGGUUCUCUCGGGGGCCUCUCCUCAGGCUGUGCAGAGCCCACCUGAUCACUGUGACAGAAUGGAGUCUAGCCCCAGUCCUCAGCCCUCAAGGGCCAAUGGGAACGUCAACCUGGGGCCUUCAGCCAACCCAAAUGCCCGGCCCACUGACUUUGACUUCCUAAAGGUCAUUGGCAAAGGGAGCUAUGGCAAGGUGCUCCUGGCUAAGCGCAAGUCUGAUGGGAUGUUCUACGCCGUGAAGGUGCUGCAGAAAAAGUCCAUCCUACAGAAAAAAGAGCAGAACCACAUCAUGGCAGAACGCAACGUGCUUCUGAAGAGCGUGCAGCACCCCUUCCUUGUGGGCCUGCGCUACUCCUUCCAGACGCCUGAGAAGCUCUACUUUGUGCUCGACUAUGUCAACGGGGGAGAGCUCUUCUUCCACCUGCAGCGGGAACGCCGGUUCCUGGAGCCCCGGGCCCGGUUCUACGCCGCCGAGGUGGCCAGCGCCAUUGGCUACCUGCACUCCCUCAACAUCAUUUACAGGGACCUGAAACCAGAGAACAUUCUCUUGGACUGCCAGGGACACGUGGUGCUGACGGAUUUUGGCCUCUGCAAGGAGGGUGUAGAGCCCGAGGAGACCACAUCCACAUUCUGUGGCACCCCCGAGUAUUUGGCUCCGGAAGUGAUUCGUAAAGAGCCUUAUGAUCGGGCGGUGGACUGGUGGUGCUUGGGGGCAGUUCUCUAUGAGAUGCUGCACGGCCUGCCACCCUUCUACAGCCAAGACAUGGCCCAGAUGUAUGAGAAUAUUCUGCACCAGCCGCUACAGAUCCCUGGGGGCCGGACGGUGGCCGCCUGUGACCUCCUGCAAGGCCUUCUCCACAAGGACCAGAGGCAGCGGCUGGGCUCCAAAUCUGACUUUCUUGAGAUAAAGAACCAUGUAUUCUUCAGCCCCAUAAACUGGGAUGACCUGUACCACAAGAGGCUGACUCCACCCUUCAACCCAAAUGUGGCAGGACCUGCUGACUUGAAACACUUUGACCCAGAGUUCACCCAGGAAGUUGUGUCAAAGUCCAUUGGCUGCACUCCUGACACGAUGGCCAGCAGCUCUGGGGCCUCCAGUGCAUUCCUGGGAUUUUCCUAUGCACCAGAGGAUGACACCAUCUUGGACUACUAGAAGAGAAGCACUGGUGUAGCCGAUGAAGACAGCUGAUAUUCCUAAGGACUCACCUUCCUACCUUCAGCUGCUAGUAACAGAGACUCAAAGUAACAAUGGCUUAAAUAAGCUCCCUGCCCCAGGAAUAAUGGGGGACGAAGCUGGAAGAGCACGGAAAACACACCUAUGACACUAAAACAGACCUACUGGAGAUCUGGGUCAGGAAGCAUUACCGUUACCCUCUGGCAUGUGCUGAGACUUUGAAGGCAACACUCUGAUUUGAUUUCCAUCAUAGCAGGAUCUGUUAAUUGACAAGUGUGAAACAAGAUGUGGGAGAGGCCAAAAUUCCCCCAACUUCCCAAAGCAAAAAGCAAGAGAGUCUAAUUGUCAGAAACAUGAUAGUAGUGUCAAAAGUAUGCAACCCGAUAUGGCUUGUGAAACACAUAAUUGUUCCUCGUGUUCUAAGAGUGUAAAAUCACAAAAUUUUCACUGAGAAA